AAAUCUUCUCCACUUCUCUCUCUCUCUCACACACACCGUCUUUCUCUCUCCCUAUCAAAUCCCUUCUCUUCUUAAUACGCGAUCCUCUUCAAAACCCUAGUUUCGGAUCGCUCCCACACUUUGCGAUUAUCUCCAGGAUCGUCAAUUCUUCUCUCUUUCUCUCUUUUCUUCUUCUUCUUCUACUUCUUCUUCUCGUUCGUCUGCCUCACCGAUCGCCAUCAAUCCAUAGUAUUGGACCAGAUCACCCCUCGUUGAUAGAUUUUACAAGUGAUUACUAGUUCUCUCAAUCGGUGUGUAUUGAUCAAUCCUCUAUCGCGAUCAGUGCUUUAGGAUAUGCCCUGUCUCUAAAAUCAUGAAGCUUCGUAGGAGAAGGGCUUCGGAAGUGCCUUCCAAAAUUAAAUCGUUCAUCAAUAGUGUUACUUCGGUUCCACUCGAGCUAAUACAAGAGCCCCUUGCAUGUUUUCGCUGGGAAUUUGACAAGGGUGACUUCCAUCAUUGGGUGGACCUCUUCAAUCAUUUUGACACAUUUUUUGAGAAGCACGUCAAAGUAAGGAAGGAUCUGCAUAUUGAGGAAAACUUUGAGGAGUCUGAUCCACCUUUCCCAAAGGAUGCUGUUCUGCAAGUUCUCCGAGUUAUCAGACUUGUUUUAGAGAAUUGCACUAACAAACAUUUUUACAGUUCUUAUGAGCAGCAUCUUUCUCUCCUACUUGCAUCUACUGAUGCAGAUGUUGUUGAAGCCUGUCUGCAGACGUUGGCUGCCUUUUUGAAAAGGCAAAUUGGGAAAUACUCCAUAAGAGAUGCUUCCCUGAAUUCAAAACUAUUUUCCCUUGCACAAGGCUGGGGGGGGAAAGAGGAAGGCCUUGGCUUGACGUCAUGUGCCACAGAAAACAGUUGUGACCAGGUUUCUCUCCAGCUAGGUUGUACUCUUCAUUUUGAGUUUUAUGCUUCUGAUGAAUCACCAAGUGAGCUUCCUGGUGGUUUACAAGUUAUCCAUGUACCUGAUGUCAGCAUGCGCGCAGAGUCUGACCUGGAACUUCUGAACAAAUUAGUCAUUGAUCACAAUGUUCCUCCCAGUUUAAGAUUUGCGUUGCUGACCAGAUUGAGAUUUGCAAGGGCGUUCUCCUCUUUGGCAACCCGGCAGCAGUUUACAUGCAUUCGCUUAUAUGCUUUCAUUGUUUUGGUUCAAGCAAGUGGUGACACUGAGAAUGUUGUUUCUUUCUUUACUGGCGAACCGGAAUUUGUAAAUGAGUUAGUUACGCUGGUAAGCUAUGAGGAUUCUGUUCCAGAGAAAAUAAGGAUACUAUGCUUGCUAUCCUUGGUUGCACUAUCGCAGGAUCGAACUCGGCAGCCGACUGUUUUAACUACAGUCACCUCUGGCGGGCAUCGUGGUUUGCUAUCUAGCUUAAUGCAGAAAGCGAUUGAUUCUGUUAUUUGUAAUUCUUCCAAGUGGUCUCUUGCUUUUGCGGAAGCCUUGUUAUCCCUUGUUACAGUCCUGGUUUCAUCAUCGUCUGGAUGUUCAGCCAUGCGAGAAGCUGGUCUUAUUCCGACCCUAGUGCCUCUCAUCAAAGAUACAGAUCCCCAGCACUUGCAUUUGGUCAGUACCGCUGUGCAUGUAUUAGAAGCCUUCAUGGAUUACAGCAAUCCAGCUGCUGCUUUGUUCAGAGAUUUGGGUGGCUUAGAUGAUACUAUCUUUCGGUUGAAACUGGAAGUCUCUCGUACUGAAGACGAUGUGAAAGAAAAAAUUUGCAGUUCUGAUAGUAGUGGGCCUGAUACUGAACAACUUCCCUAUUCUGAAGCAUUAAUUUCGUAUCACAGGAGAUUGUUGAUAAAAGCGUUGUUACGUGCAAUAUCCCUUGGAACUUAUGCUCCUGGUAACACUAACCUCUAUGGUUCCGAGGAGAGCUUGUUGCCUGAAUGCUUAUGCAUUAUCUUCCGGAGAGCAAAAGAUUUCGGGGGUGGAGUAUUCUCACUUGCUGCCACUGUCAUGAGUGAUCUCAUUCAUAAAGAUCCCACUUGUUUCAAUGCUUUAGAUUCAGCUGGUUUAACUUCUGCCUUUCUUGAUGCUAUAUCUGAUGAGGUAAUCUGCUCUGCAGAAGCCAUAACAUGCAUUCCACAGUGUCUGGAUGCUCUGUGUCUCAACAAUAGCGGUCUUCAAGCUGUGAAGGACCGAAAUGCCUUGAGAUGUUUUGUGAAAAUAUUUACUUCUCCCUCUUAUCUGAGGGCUCUUACUGGUGAUACACCUGGUUCUUUGUCAAGUGGGCUUGAUGAACUCUUGAGACAUCAAUCUUCGUUGCGCACUUAUGGAGUUGAUAUGUUCAUUGAAAUCCUCAAUUCCAUGUUGAUUAUUGGAUCUGGGAUGGAGGCCACCACCUCUAAGUCAGUGGAUGUGCCUAGUGGUGCUGCUCCUGUUCCUAUGGAAAUUGACGUUGAUGAGAAGAGCUUGGCAGUUUCGGAUGAGGCGGAACCAUCUUCUGACACUUCUCCAGCAAACAUUGAGCUGUUUCUUCCAGAUUGUGUGUGUAAUGUUGCUCGUCUCUUUGAAACAGUUCUUCAGAAUGCGGAAGUAUGUUCCCUGUUUGUUGAGAAGAAAGGAAUUGAUGCUGUUUUGCAGCUAUUCUCUUUACCUCUUAUGCCUCUAUCAACCUCUCUUGGUCAAAGUUUUUCUGUCGCUUUUAAGAACUUCUCCCCUCAGCAUUCAGCUGGCCUAGCAAGGAUAGUGUGCUCCUACUUAAGAGAACAUCUGAAGAAGACAAAUAGCCUUUUGGUUUCCAUUGAAGGUACUCAGCUUCUUAAAUUAGAGUCUGCGGUCCAGACGAAGAUUUUGAGAUCUCUUUCCUGCCUAGAAGGCAUGUUGUCCCUCUCCAACUUUUUGUUGAAAGCAUCCGCUUCAGUUAUCUCAGAAUUGAGUGCUGCUGAUGCUGAUGUACUGAAAGAACUUGGUAUAACAUACAAGCAAACGAUUUGGCAGAUGGCCUUGUGUAAUGAUACUAAGGAAGAUGAAAAAAAGAGUGUUGAUCGAGGAUCUGAUAAUUCAGUUUUAGCAUCAUCCAGUACUGCUGAAAGAGAGAGUGAUGAGGAUUCAAGCAAUGCUUCAGCAGUUAGAUACACAAACCCUGUCUCCAUUAGAAGUAGUAGCUCUCAGUCUAUUUGGGGUGGGGAUCGCGAAUUUCUGUCUGUUGUGCGUUCUGGCGAAGGUAUUCAUGGUCGUACACGCCAUGCAAUAGCCCGAAUGAGGGGUGGGAGAACUCGUCGGCACCUGGAGUCUUUUAAUUUUGAUUCUGAAAUCCCAGCUGAUCUACCAGUAACGUCAUCUUCCCAUGAGCUAAAAAAGAAAAGCACUGAAGUUCUCAUUGUUGAAAUUUUAAACAAGCUGAAUAGUACAGUAAGGUUUUUUUUCACAGCCCUUGUGAAAGGAUUUACCUCUGCUAAUCGUCGCAGGAUUGAUGGAGCAUCAUUGAGUUCAGCAUCUAAGACUCUUGGUACUGCCUUGGCUAAAGUAUUUCUUGAAGCUCUUAAUUUCGAGGGGUAUGGUGCUGCUGCUGGGCAUGAUAUAUCUCUGUCAGUGAAAUGCCGGUACCUUGGAAAAGUGGUAGAUGACAUCACUUUCCUGACAUUUGAUACUCGAAGGAGGGUCUGUUUUACAGCUAUGGUGAAUAGUUUUUAUGUCCAUGGAACAUUUAAGGAACUUCUCACCACAUUUGAAGCUACAAGCCAGUUGCUUUGGACAGUGCCGUUUUCUAUUCCUGCAUCCAGUACUGAGAAUGAGAAGCCAGGUGAAAGAAAUAUAUGGUCUCACAGUAAGUGGCUGGUAGAUACUCUACAAAACUAUUGCCGAGCACUGGACUAUUUUGUUAACUCUACAUAUCUUUUAUCUCCAACCUCGCAAACGCAGCUUCUUGUGCAGCCAGCUUCUGUUGGUUUGUCGAUUGGACUUUUUCCUGUACCAAGGGAACCUGAGACUUUUGUGCGAAAUCUGCAGUCUCAGGUUCUGGAUGUCUUACUACCUAUAUGGAACCACCCUAUGUUUCCAGAUUGCAAUCCUAAUUUUGUUGCUUCAGUUACCUCCCUUGUUACCCAGAUAUACUCUGGUGUUGUGGUUGCUAGGCAAAAUCAAACCGGUGUUACCCGGGGAGCAAACCAAAGAGCCUUGCCUCUACAGCCUGACGAAACCAUUGUUGGUAUGAUUGUUGAAAUGGGAUUUUCAAGGUCAAGGGCUGAAGACGCGUUGCGAAGAGUUGGAGCAAACAGUGUUGAAAUGGCUAUGGAUUGGUUGUUUACCAAUCCUGAGGAUCCUGUACAGGAAGAUGACGAAUUGGCUCAAGCACUUGCACUAUCUCUUGGAAAUUCAUCUGAAACUCCAAAACUUGAGGAUACAGAAAAGCCUGUAGAUGUUCCGCAGGAAGAAGCAGAGCCAAAAGAACCACCUGUUGAUGAAGUUAUUGCUGCAUCAGUGAAAUUAUUUCAGAGUGAUGAUUCUAUGGCUUUCCCGUUAGUGGAUUUGUUUGUGACACUAUGUAACCGAAACAAAGGGGAAGAUCGGUCAAAAAUCGUGUCGUAUCUUAUUCAGCAACUGAAGCUUGUACAACUUGAUUUCUCCAAGGAUACUGGUGCUUUGACUAUGAUACCACACAUUUUAGCAUUAGUACUCUCAGAAGAUGAUAACACACGAGAAAUUGCUGCACAGGAUGGUAUCGUGACCGUAGCAAUUGGUAUCUUGACUGAUUUCAACCUUAAGAGUGAAUCUGAAACUGAGAUUCUGGCUCCAAAAUGCAUUAGUGCUUUGCUUCUUGUCUUGAGCAUGAUGCUGCAGGCACAGACAAGACAGUCGUCUGAAUAUGUGGAAGGAAAUCAUGGUGGAUCUUUAGAGCCGAGCGAUUCUCCACAAGACUCAACAGCAGUUUUAAAGGACGCUUUAUCUUCAGAUGUUGCUAAAGGGGAGUCAAACCAGGCUUUGGAAUCGAUUUUUGGAAAAUCUACAGGCUAUCUGACCAUGGAAGAGGGUCAUAAAGCUUUACUAAUCGCCUGUGGCCUCAUAAAGCAGCGGGUUCCAUCUAUGAUCAUGCAGGCUGUGCUUCAGUUAUGUGCCCGUCUAACGAAAUCACAUGAUUUAGCUCUCCAGUUUCUGGAAAAUGGAGGCUUAUCUUCACUUUUUAAUCUUCCGAAAAAAUGUUUUUUCCCUGGGUAUGAUACUGUUGCAUCUGUUAUUGUACGACAUCUUGUUGAAGAUCCUCAAACUCUCCAAAUUGCUAUGGAAACAGAAAUACGACAGACCUUGAGUGGGAAGAGACAUAUAGGUAAGGUAUUACCUCGGACAUUCCUGACAACAAUGGCACCUGUAAUUUCAAGAGAUCCAGUGGUUUUUAUGAAAGCUGUGGCUUCAACUUGUCAGUUAGAGUCAUCAGGAGGGAGGGACUUUGUGAUAUUGUCAAAGGAAAAGGAAAAGCCAAAAGUUUCUAGCAGUGAACACGGAUUCUCUAUUAAUGAACCCCUUGGAAUAUCUGAAAAUAAGCUUCAUGAUGGGUCAGGAAAAUGUUCAAAAAGCCACAGAAGAGUCCCUGCUAACUUCAUCCAAGUUAUUGAUCAGCUUAUUGACAUUGUCUUGAGUUUUCCUAGGGUGAAGAGGCCGGAAGAUGAUGAAACCAAUUUGAUUUCGAUGGAGGUUGAUGAGCCGACUACUAAAGUGAAGGGUAAAUCAAAAGUUGGUGAGCCGGAGAAAGCAGAACUUGGGUCUGAAAAAUCUGAAGAAUUGGCCAGGGUAACAUUUAUUUUGAAGUUGCUAAGUGAUAUUGUUCUCAUGUACUUGCAUGGUACCAGUGUUAUACUGAGACGGGAUACAGAAAUAUCUCAACUUCGAGGAUCCAAUCUACCUGAUGAUUCACCUGAAAAUGGAGGGUUAAUUUACCAUGUCAUUCAUCGAUUGCUUCCUAUAUCUCUCGAAAAGUUUGUUGGACCUGAAGAAUGGAAGGAGAAACUGUCUGAAAAGGCUUCCUGGUUUCUGGUUGUUUUGUGCAGUCGUUCUAGUGAAGGGCGUAAAAGAAUAAUCAAUGAGCUUUCGAGGGUAUUAUCCGUAUUUGCUUCCUUGGGAAGGAGUUCUAGUAAAAGUGUUCUAUUACCUGACAAAAGAGUUCUUGCUUUUGCUAAUCUGGUUUAUUCGAUCUUGACAAAGAAUUCAUCUUCAAGCAAUUUCCCUGGUUGUGGCUGUUCACCUGACGUUGCGAAGAGCAUGAUAGACGGGGGAACUAUCCAGUGUCUGACCAGCAUCCUUCACGUGAUUGAUCUUGACCACCCUGAUGCUCCAAAGCUUGUCACUCUUAUUCUUAAGUCUCUUGAGACACUGACGAGAGCUGCCAAUGCUGCCGAGCAGCUAAAAUCAGAAGUACCAAACGAGAAAAAAAACACAGAUUCUGAUGAGAGACAUGAUAGUCAUGGAACUUCAAUUGAGACUGAAGUUGAUGAGCGGAAUCAAAAUAAUAGCAGUCUACAGCAAGUAACAGAUGCAGCAGAUAAUGGACAGGAGCAGCCUCUAGUUCCCUCUCAAAGCGAAGGUGAAAGGGGUUCGAGUCAAACCCAAGCUAUGCCUCAGGAGAUGAGGAUAGAAGGCGAUGAGACAAUACUGCCUGAACCUAUUCAGAUGGAUUUCAUGCGAGAAGAGAUUGAAGGUCAUCAAAUCGAAAUGAGCUUUCAUGUUGAAAAUAGGGCUGACGAUGAUGUAGAUGAUGACAUGGGCGAUGAAGUGGAGGAUGAUGAAGGAGAUGAUGAAGAUGCAGAUUUAGUGGAAGAUGGAGCUGGUGUUAUGUCUCUUGGUGAAACUGAUGUGGAAGACCCUGAAGAUACUGGCCUUGGAGAUGAAUAUAAUGAUGACAUGAUUGAUGAAGAUGAGGAUGAUUUCCACGAGAAUCGUGUAAUAGAGGUGCGGUGGAGGGAAGCUCUUGAUGGGCUGGAUCACUUCCAGAUUCUUGGGCGAUCUGGUGGUGGAAAUGGUUUUAUUGAUGAUAUUACAGCUGAGCCGUUUGAAGGUGUGAAUGUGGACGAUCUGUUUGCUCUGCGGAGACCCUUGGGCUUCGAGCGUAGACGUCAAACAGGCAGAUCUUCUUUUGAUCGAUCUGGCUCAGAAGUACAUGGUUUUCAGCACCCACUCUUCUCCAGACCUUCACAAACUGGCAAUACAGCAUCAGUUUCAGCAAGUGCUGGUAGUAUAUCCAGGCAUUCAGAAGCUGGCAGCUAUGAUGUAGCACAGUUUUACAUGUUUGAUACACCGGUUCUACCAUUUGAUCAAGUACCAGUUGAUCCUUUCAGUGAUCGUUUAGGAGGUGGUGGGGCACCUCCUCCUUUGACUGAUUAUUCUGUUGUGGGUAUGGAUUCAUCAAGAAGAGGGGUUGGUGAUAGUCGGUGGACUGAUAUAGGUCAUCCUCAGCCAAGUAGCCAAUCUGCUUCAAUUGCCCAGUUGAUAGAAGAACAUUUUAUUUCCUUUAUUUCCAACUUGCGUGCUUCUGCUCCAGCAGAUACUGUUGUUGAAAGGGAAACUAAUACCACAGAAGUCCAAGAGCAGCAGCAGCCGGAUGUUCCUCCAACUGUUGGAAGCGAAACCGUUUUGGGUGAAGGUAACGAAGGUGGUCAACAAAGUGAAGAACGUGCACUGUUAAAUAACAAUGAAAAUGUUAAUAACCCACCUGAUGCAACGGCUGGAAGUUUCUCUCAAGGUCAAGCUAAUCUAGCUUCUCCUGUCGUCCGAGAUGCAGGUGAAAGUCUGCAGCAGCAUGAAGUUAUGCAGCCUCUUCCUUUGAACUGUACACCGAAUGAGAUUGAUAGAAUGGAAGUUGGGGAAGGUGGUGGAGCACCUAUUGAGCAAGCAGACCGUGAAGCAGUGCAUCUUAUCUCCACUGCUCAGGGUCAACCUGAUAUUUCCAGUAUCCAAAAUGUGUCUGUUACCGUGACCCAUCCUCCAGUAGAUGAUCCAAAUUCUAAUUUUCAACCAAGUGUUGAUGUAGAUAUGAGUAGUGAUGCUGCAGAGGGAAAUCAAAGUGUGCAACCUUCACCUUUGGACGGUGACAACAAUGAGCUCUCAUCCAUGGAAGCUACACAAGAUGUGAGGAAUGAUGAACAAGUUGAUGAAGGUAGCUUGGAUGGUAGGGCACCUGAAGUGAAUGCCAUCGAUCCUACAUUUCUGGAAGCGCUCCCUGAAGAUUUGCGGGCAGAAGUUCUUGCUUCUCAGCAAGCUCAAUCCGUCCAGCCUCCAACUUAUGAACCACCUCCAGUAGACGACAUAGAUCCUGAAUUUUUAGCUGCGCUUCCCCCAGAUAUCCAAACAGAAGUUCUUGCUCAACAAAGGGCACAAAGGAUGGUACAACAGUCACAAGGACAGCCAGUUGACAUGGAUAAUGCUUCAAUUAUUGCUACUCUACCUGCUGAUUUACGAGAAGAGGUUCUCUUGACUUCUUCAGAAGCAGUUUUGGCAGCUUUGCCUUCACCAUUACUUGCAGAAGCGCAGAUGCUCAGAGACCGAGCAAUGAGUCACUAUCAAGCUCGUAGUAGUGUUUUUGGAAGUAGCCACAGGCUGAAUAAUCGGAGGAAUGGUUUGGGUUACAAUAGACUGACAGGGAUGGACAGGGGUGUUGGAGUUACUAUUGGUCAGAGAGCUGUUUCAGCUUCUGCAGAUGGCUUGAAAGUAAAAGAGAUUGAAGGAGACCCUCUUGUGAAUGCUGAUGCCUUGAAAUCACUAAUCAGGCUAUUACGACUAGCACAGCCCUUGGGAAAAGGCCUUCUGCAGAGGCUUCUUUUAAAUCUAUGUGCUCACAGCAUUACAAGGGCAAACCUGGUUCAACUUUUACUGGAUAUGAUUAGGCCAGAGAUGGAAACAUCACCAAGCGAGUUGGCGAUAACUAAUCCGCAAAGGCUCUAUGGCUGUCAAUCAAAUGUUGUUUAUGGUCGAUCGCAGCUGUUGAAUGGUCUUCCUCCUUUAGUGUUCCGUCGGGUGCUUGAGGUUUUGACGUACUUGGCUACGAAUCAUUCGGCUGUUGCUGACUUGUUGUUUUACUUUGAUUCGUCACUUCUAUCCCAGUUGUCAAGCCGAAAACCCUCUGUAUGUGAAGGCAAGGGUAAAGAGAAAGUUACUCAUGUGACAGAUUCCCGGGAUCUGGAGAUACCUCUGGUUGUCUUCCUAAAACUGCUUAGUCGGCCUCAGCUUCUGCAGAGUACAUCUCAUCUUGCGCUGGUCAUGGGCUUGCUGCAAGUAGUUGUCUACACAGCAGCGUCCCGAAUUGAGGGUUGGUCUCCGUCAUCGGGAGUACCUGAGAAAUUAGAAAACAAACCUGUCGGUGAAGAAGCUUCAAGUGAAACACGAAAAGAUGGUGAAUCUGAGCUAGUGGGUGAAGCUGAGCUAUCUGUUGCAAGAAGGAAGAACUGUGCUGAAAUUUAUAACAUAUUCUUGAAGUUGCCACAGUCUGACCUCUGCAAUCUUUGCAUUCUUCUUGGAUAUGAAGGGUUAUCGGAUAAAAUUUACUCGUUAGCGGGAGAGGUACUGAAAAAGUUGGCUGCCGUAGAUGUUGCUCAUCGCAAGUUUUUCACGAAAGAACUCUCAGAAUUGGCGAGUAGUUUGAGUGCCUCAACUGUCCGUGAGCUGGCAACACUAAGCAGUACACAGAAGAUGAGUCACAGUACAGGUUCCAUGGCAGGUGCUUCAAUUCUCCGUGUUCUGCAAGUGCUUAGCUCACUAACUUCCCCUAUUGAUGAUAGCAAUGCGGGAACCGAAAGGGAAACAGAACAGGAGGAACAAAACAUUAUGCAGAGACUAAACGUGGCAUUAGAGCCCUUGUGGCAGGAACUUAGCCAGUGUAUCAGCAUGACUGAGUUGCAGCUCGAUCAUACUGCAGCUACAUCAAAUGUAAACCCCGGAGAUCAUGUUCUAGGGAUCUCUCCUACGUCCUCUCUCUCUCCAGGAACUCAGAGGCUCCUGCCUCUUAUUGAGGCUUUCUUUGUUCUUUGUGAGAAGAUUCAUACUCCGUCAAUGUUACAGCAGGAUGCAAUUGUGACAGCGGGAGAAGUAAAGGAGUCGUCUGCUCAUGGUUCCUCAUCUAAAACCUGUGUAGAUUCUCAGAAAAAAACUGAUGGCUCUGUUACAUUUUCAAAGUUUGCGGAGAAGCAUAGGCGACUUUUGAAUUCAUUUGUUAGGCAAAAUCCAAGUUUGCUGGAGAAGUCCCUUUCAAUGAUGCUCAAGGCACCAAGGCUGAUUGAUUUUGACAACAAGAAAGCGUACUUCAGGUCAAGAAUAAGGCACCAACAUGAUCAACAUAUUUCUGGGCCAUUGCGUAUUAGUGUCCGCCGAGCUUAUGUGUUGGAAGAUUCAUACAACCAGUUACGCAUGCGCUCCCCACAGGAUCUGAAGGGACGUCUGAAUGUGCAGUUUCAAGGUGAGGAAGGUAUUGAUGCCGGUGGUCUAACCAGAGAAUGGUAUCAGUUAUUGUCGAGAGUUAUAUUUGACAAAGGAGCGUUGCUCUUCACUACUGUUGGAAAUGAUGCCACCUUCCAACCGAAUCCCAAUUCUGUUUACCAAACUGAGCAUCUAUCAUACUUCAAAUUUGUUGGUCGCAUGGUGGCAAAGGCGUUGUUUGAUGGGCAGCUUUUGGAUGUCUAUUUCACUCGUUCCUUCUAUAAACACAUACUUGGUGUGAAGGUGACCUAUCAUGAUAUUGAGGCGGUGGAUCCUGAUUACUACAAGAAUUUGAAGUGGCUAUUAGAGAAUGAUGUGAGCGACAUACUCGACCUCACAUUUAGUAUGGACGCAGAUGAGGAAAAACACAUUCUUUACGAAAAGACCGAGGUGACGGACUACGAGCUGAAACCUGGUGGACGAAACAUACGGGUGACAGAAGAAACAAAACAUGAAUAUGUUGAUCUUGUGGCCGGCCACAUACUUACCAAUGCUAUUCGGCCUCAAAUCAACGCUUUCCUCGAAGGCUUUAAUGAAUUGAUACCUCGUGAGCUAGUAUCAAUUUUCAAUGAUAAAGAGCUUGAGCUCCUAAUCAGCGGGUUGCCUGAGAUUGAUUUUGAUGAUCUAAAAGCUAAUACCGAGUAUACCAGCUACACGGCAGGAUCCCCUGUUAUUCAUUGGUUCUGGGAGGUUGUCAAAGCUUUUAGCAAAGAAGAUAUGGCUAGAUUUCUCCAAUUUGUCACUGGAACAUCAAAGGUACCUUUGGAAGGCUUCAAGGCACUGCAAGGUAUUUCAGGCCCCCAAAGAUUACAAAUCCACAAAGCAUAUGGAGCUCCGGAGCGGCUGCCAUCAGCUCAUACAUGUUUUAACCAACUAGACCUCCCUGAGUAUCAAUCUAAGGAACAACUUCAGGAACGCCUGCUACUUGCAAUUCACGAAGCCAGUGAAGGUUUUGGGUUUGCUUGAAGAAAGCUUGUCGCAACCCGUCACCUUAAGAAUCAGUGAAAACCCAUCAUUCUUUUGACUCCUCUGUACAUAUCUCGAAGAUUUUCAGGCAUAAGGGAGAAAGAGCUUUUGAUUAAGACUGCAGAAUGAAUAGAAAACGCAAGUGGCUAUUUUUGUCUGUCCAUAUUAUGUUAGUAUUAGUCUAUUUAUUAUUAGGGUUUCUCUCUCUCUCCCCUUUAGAUUUUGUAAAUCAAAAAAAUCUUUUUAAAAUAGUUGCAAACUCUCAAAUAUUAGUAGUAGUUGAUA